AUUUGAUCUGUUUCCAUGCAAUAAUAGUUACACCUAAAAUAUUAUUCAACAGACACAAGACUACUUCAAGUAAGGUUUAAUGUUGGAUAAAAAAAAAUAUGCAUACACUAUGGAAAAAUUAUGUGCUUUUAUGUUUAGCUUGUUUCAUCAGCUCGAUGCCAAAACCUGUCAAAACGGGUAUUUUACAAACAUUAGUGGACACCAUCAACAAUGUAACCAUUGGUUCGCACUUGCUCCUUACUUUUAGACACAUUCAUUUAUGUAGAAAGGACAAUAAUACGAAACUGCACGAAACUUUUCAUGAAUUUGACAUACACAAGGAGUCCACAGUCAACAAUUUAAGCUUUAAAUCUUGCCAUGUAUGUUCUAACGAGUGCAAAUCUCAUACAAAACAUCCGGAAAAAUGUCGUUCAAUAAUUACAUCUAGAUCUGCAAAUGGCUCUGGACACGAAAUAAUAGAACUCCAAAUACGUCAUGAACCUGAACUGACGGAGUAUAUAUAUUUAAAAAUAAGCAAUGUUUGUAAAGCACAGAUUAACUGUUCGCAACUUACCCAGCCAGAUAAACACUGCACAAGAGGACAAAAGCAUGGUCCACAUAUAGGAACCACAUGGCCUUUGGUCGAAGACAUUGCCUUACUUUUAUCCUUGCUCUGUUUGUGUUUCACUAUGUUUAUCCAUCUUGCGUUGCCAGAAUUACGGAAUUUGCAUGGCAAGAACUUGUGUAGCUUUGUAGGGGCCAUGUUCAUCAGUCAGAUGUUUAUGUUCCACGACUUUGGCAUAGCGGACCGGGAUAUUUGCAUUGCCAUAGCAGUAAUUUUACAAUAUUUCUGGCUGGCUGUCUUUGCGUGGACAUCUGUGCUGGCAUUUGAUAUAGCCAGAACAUUUAAUGCUUACAGAGUACUAAAAACAAGACCCCAACUAAAACACAGUAGACGAUUUGGAAUAUAUUGUAUUGCAGGAUGGGGGUUACCAUUAUUGUUGACAUCUACGUCUUACUUAGUGACUGAUAAACUAUUUAAUAACCAAUAUGCAUAUGGUCGUGUUCCAGUGUGUUUUCCCGAUUUUUUCAUUGCUAUUUAUAUCAUGGGCAUCCCCCUUUUUAUAAGUUCAGUUUUCAAUUGUGUCUGUUUUGGCAUCAUAAUUUAUGGAAUAGAAUCCCACAGAAAGAAGGCAGCAUUUGCUACAACGUUAAGAUUAAAGAAAAGAAAAGGAGAACGCUUUAAAUGUAUUUUCUAUGCUAAACUUUCAAUAGUGUGUGGUUCCGCAUGGAUAAUUUUCUUUAUGGUACAUUUCUUUGGUGAUAUGUUCCGUCACAUGACCGCCAUGCUUCUUAAUUUCCAAGGCAUUUUGAUAUUUCUAUCAACCGUCUUAUUCAAUCGCCGUGCGAUAAUUGCCGUGAAGAGGAGAAUGAGUAGACAAGAAUCUGGACCGCCAGACGAAAUGGGUUCUUUUUCAACUAUAAGCAAAAACUAACCAAACCAUUCCGAUAUGAU